AUGAUCCACGCCCAAUACGUUCCCGAGGAUCAGCUCCCAACCCAAACCGGCGAAGAAGGCGUGGUUGAUCUCUACUCUCUAGCGGUCCGGGAUAUGAAGGACGGGGUGAACGAAGGGUGCCACUUCUGCAUCCUUGUCCAGGGAUACAUUUCUUCAACAUCAGAUACUACGCCCUUCAUCCAAAUCUCGUUGUACCCGCGUCUUCCGGAAAGAAACUUGGGGAUGAUGAUCUUGCAGCCGUCGAAUGAGCCACCAGGAGAAGCCAAACCUGCGCCAGUCUUCCAGACCUUGAUAAUCCCUGACGGCGGUGACCUGAACUUCAGAGAAUCAAAUUCGACACGGUCUGAUUCUCAUCAACGACUCGUCGAAUCUUGGCUUGAUCUCGUCGAUCCGCAGUCGGUUUCCCUUCACUGCCCUGAUUCACAGAAGGAAAACCCACGAUAUACAACUCUGAGCCAUUGCUGGGGCGGCGCGACGACGAUCCCCAAGUUGACGCACCAAACACUUUCGCAAUUCAAGUCCGGCAUCAGGUUCAAAGACCUCCCUCGCAAUUUUCAGGAUGCCAUAUCCAUCACGCGGAACUUAGGCCUCGAAUACGUCUGGAUCGACUCUCUGUGCAUUAUUCAAGAUUCACCCUCGGACUGGAGAACGGAAGCCUCUCGCAUGGCGUCGGUAUAUGAGAAUGCAUACGUGACAAUCGCUGCGGCGGCAGCGAAGGAUCCUUUCGGCGGGUGUUUUAGCGCUCGUGAUAGCGCUCUCCAGUCAGCUUGCCACAUCCCGGCGGGAAUAUCGGGGACGGACUUCCAUGUCGUCCCGCCCUGGAACGUAUCACGGAACAAGGUUAAUGCAGUGAGAAAAUCUGCUCUGCUCUCCCGCGGCUGGGUCUUCCAGGAAAUGGUUCUCUCGCCGAGUGUGGUCUUCUUUCUUGAGGACGGCAUCGUGUGGAGCUGUCGAAAGGGUGAGGCGUCCGAACAGGUUCCUACCGGUCAAGUUCCCGACCGCUCUCUGGACGGAAGGCCUACAGCCAUAGUUAGCCCUUCUUCUAACUCUCGAUAUCAGAACAAGGCAAUUCAUGAUCAGACUACUCAGCAAUUUGUUCCCGCGCGAGGACUCUUCAAAACCAUCCUAGACACUUCCAUACGCGUGUGCAGUCCAUCCCAAGGCCAGAAACCGUGGGUAGACUUCAGCCAACAGUGGUUAUCCAUAAUUGCGCAAUAUACUAGGUUAAAUCUGACAUUCAUUACCGACCGCGCGAUUGCACUAUCCGCAAUCGCACAGCGUGUGAAGGAACAUUCCGGUCUGACUUAUGCCGCCGGCUUGUGGGAAGAAUCCCUCGCGGUCGACCUUUUAUGGACCACAAAGGACCCGAAGGCGGCCGCGCGGCCAACUUCCUACCUGGGACCAUCUUGGUCUUGGAUCUCUGUAGAAGGGGAAAUCAGCAAGGAUCUUUGGGGAAGUGGGCAUUACCUUGGCCGUGAUCCGAUCGUAUGCAUUGAAAAUGCACGGCCCAAGAUUCUGACAUAUCCGGAGGACGUCCACAAAACAGGUCAGGUUCAAACAGGCAGCAGCCUUGAGCUAGAAGGGGCCAUUCUUCCAUGCACCCAUGUUGACACCCCAGGGAAGGAUCAUUUUGGUAGAUCCACCUGGAGGAUAUGGCCGAAGCCAAUAGGCCGAGUGGAUCCUGACAGCGAGGAUUGGUUUUCUUUCUACCCAGACAUAGUCGCUGAGGUGGUCACGGUCGACUUUGGCCAAGUCUACCUGCUCCCUACGGUUUUAUCCAAGUAUAUGAUGUUCCAGGGAAAGGAAAACACCUGGGGACUUGCGCUUCUGUGCCACGGAUCCUAUUAUACCCGUGUUGGAACGUUCGCUACAAGGACAGAUAUGGGCCGUUUUGUACGGAGCAGCUCGACUAUCAUAAUCAAGUAG